GAGCACUUUCGCAGCUUCCGCAGCUUCUCCCUGUUUGCGAACUUUGCAAAGGCUCAGACUCAGAGUCAGAGUCAGAGUCAGAGACUCGAGAAGGUUCAACUUUCAUUGUCAAAAUACAUUCCAAUGCCAAUGGCGGCCACCACCCUCAACCGGGUUGCAACUUUCCCCUGGCUCCAUUGUAAAGCAAACAGUACCACCCCUGCAUCAACCUGCCUCACUCUAGUGCAUCAUCAAGUCUGCGCUAGGAAUUUGCCAACUCCAGAGAGCACCCAAUCGCGGCGGCCGUUUUUUGAGGGAUCUUAUCAAUCGUUCUGCUCGUCCCGUGUUCUUACAACCAUAGCGCACCCGCAAAGUAGCAGGGAAGUUUCACACGUGCGUGCAAUUGCAAAUGUUGAGGAGAGAGUGGAUGCUGUGGCGAGCGAGGAACAAAAGAAGACGCUGAUCAAGGUGUGCGGGGUGACUUGCCCCGAGGACGCAGUGGUGGCGGCUGAGGCGGGCGCUGACCUCAUUGGAAUGAUUAUGUGGUCGGGGUCCAAGCGCUAUGUCACGGUUGAACAGGCAGCUCAGAUUUCGGCAGCUGCAAGGAAACAUGGCGCCGAACCCGUCGCCGUCUUCGUCGACGGCACCGCCGCUGAAAUCAUCGACGCUUGCACGGCCGCUGACAUCAGCAUCGCGCAGCUACACGGGGACGAGGCGCGGGCCGCGCUCGAAGAACUCCCUCCGAAACUGAAAGUAGUGUAUGUUCUGCACGCGGAAGCGGACGGCACAAUUCGAACGCCGCUGCCGGCGUCUUCGGACGCAAAGGCUUCAAACUCGACAGCAUUAGAGUCCAACCUAGUUCGGGCAAGGUUGCCCGUGGAGUCAGGGGCUACUAUUCUUGACCCGCAGCCAAAAAUUUUGGAGGGGGAAGUCCGCAAGAGGCUCUCUGAUCCGGGCGCAGAUUCGGAGGAUAAUGCGAGAUCAGGAAUUGACCGGAUGCAUGCUGAGGCAUCGGGAGCAGAGGCGAGAUCAGAAACGGGUGGGAAUGAAAGUCGAGAUUCUGCUAGCCGGGGAGCUGAAGUGACUUCAAGUAGAGCAGCAACCGUUGAGUGGCUGUUAGUUGAUGGAGUAUCAGCCGGCAGCGGAGAAACUUACGACUGGACAAACCUGCGGUUACCGCAGGGUUUGAGUAAACGGGGCUGGUUGUUGGCCGGGGGUUUAGACCCGACCAAUGUUGCUGCGGCUUUGGGGGCCGCUCAACCGGACGGGGUAGAUGUGGCGAGUGGAGUGGCGGGAUUGGAUAAGAUCAGGAAGGAUAAAGCAAGGGUCGAGGCUUUCAUCCAAGCUGUCAAGUUGGUGGCGAUUUCGACCACAUAGCAAAGAUUAUUGCGAUUUGCAGCAAGCAGCUGCCCCGUGGGCAAUCGGACAGCUCUUCCAAGGAAGUUUCUUCUAUAAACCAAAAACAAUUUUUAUAACACAAUGUUGUCAAUCAAUCUUAUCAGUGUUGUCCGCUGGGCCCACCGUGAC